AUGGCAACUGCUCUCCGUCAUGGACGAAAAGGGGGAAAAGUUACUUCAUCCCCCGCGAUCGCCCCAAAGGUCCUAACGCCAGGAAGCGCCAUGUCACCCGCCUCACUGCAGGCAUUUGGAGAGGGUACUACAAUUAUAAGCGACCCGAACGCCGCCCAUCCAUUUGACCCUGACGCAAUCACCAAUGUUGUCAAAAAACCCACAACAACUGAGGCUAAUGUUCUCCAGUUUGAUAUGGAGGCCAUCCAACACAUUGGUAAGGGAAUUAUGGUGGGAAGGACGAAGCAAGUGCGAACCACAACUCGUCAACCACAGGUUAGCAAUGUAGAAGCGUUAUUGAAGUUAGGAAAUGCCUUUACGGCGCAAAAAGACAUGCUGGUAUCACCCAAAAAUCCUGUGGGCCUUGAGAAGAUUACAGACAACAAUGUUGUGGUUGUCCACAGGCCUCAAGAGGCUUUAACCCUGGCAGUGGCCCUUUCGACUUUGGUACCGCAAGCAAAGGUGCUGGUGGUGGUACCCAAAUAUUUUGAGGUGAGUUCUGUUAAAACGUAUUUGAGUUCUUUGGUCGUCGAUGGUGAGAAGGCUGCGACGGGUGAAUUUUGCGGUCAAACGUUUGAGGGUACUGAGUCAACUCCAUUAUGGGUAACGAGUGCGGAAAUGGCAUUACUUUACCUGACGAAGCUUCAGAGCAUGGCCCCCUUUUCACACGUGGUGGUACCCGGGUUUUUUAAUACGACUCAGUUACUUUCAUUUUUUGUGAAGGCAUUUGGUCAAUGGCUGCGAAGUAGAACCGAUUCCUCUUGCUCUGUACGGCUUGUUUUGACACCUGAGAGGACAGAUCGAAGUGAAAUUGAAGGCAUGUUUCAAGAUCUUAAAGUCGCUUUUAUUGAAAAGGCGGUGGAACAUGUAACGGAGUUCUCUUAUGGUGAAACGUGUGCUUUAGUUGAGAAGGAAAUGAUGGAAAUGGAGAAAGAUGGGUCUGGAAUUUUUCCACCUCCCACAAGGAGGCUCAUCGACUACACGGCAAAGGUUUCAGCGGAAGUGGUGUCGUGUAUCGUGAGGGAAAAUGAAAAACCACAGGCCAUCGUCGUCUUCACGGCGGAGGCGCGGGAGGUUUUGGUUGCUCUUCAAGAGGCCCAUAUAGAGAAUUGUGCAAUUUACUCGGGACUUCAAGGCACCGAAGAGACAGAAAAGACGAAGCAUCGUGUAUAUGUGAUGAAUCAUGUGCGUCACGCUCUGGAUAUGGAUAAUGAAUACACCAUGGUGCUCGAUAUUGGUACCAUUCGUCGUCCAGCAGCACAACACCGAUCCGAAAGUUUUAUGGCUGCUAGCACAACCGAAUGGGAGACAAAAGUUGAACGUGCAGAACGUUUGUCGCUUCUCGAAGGAAAAAAAGGAUGUUGUUACUUUUCUUUGUACCCGGAAGAUGUUUCUGCAGCUUUUCAUGAGGAUGCCAAGUCUUUUCCUGAUGUAUUCAGCGUGGAGGAUGCAUUUGUUCAUUGUGCUCGUCUGAAUCUCCCCAUGGGUGAAGUGGCGGCUCUUCUUCCAGCUAUUCCUACUGAGACUGCCGAACAAGUGAUGCACAAUCUUGCUGAAAAAUGCGUAAUAGCCAGUCCACAGAGUCUUGCCAUGACUUUUUUGGGGGAAAUGACUGCCCGUCUUCCCGUGGAUCUGGACAUUGCGUCCUUUAUUAUAGGAGGCUGCAAUGUCGGCCUUGGUGAGGCCGCAGUAGCGAUUGGUAGUGUGGCUGCAUUGCCUUUCCGUUCGAUUACCCCGUUAACCUACAGCAGUGUUCCAUGGAAUGAAGCUACAACGUGGAGCCGCGAAAAAUACGCCGGUGACAUUGCGCGGCACAGUGAUCUCCUUGCCGACACCCUUGUCUUUAUUGAGUGGCUAAAACUACGUGCCCGAGGAGAGUCCACGGCAGAGUUUCUUAACACCAUCCUUGUACAGGAGUUUAAAUUUGUCAAAAUAGAAGGAUUGAUGAAAUACAUAAGGGAGCAACUGACAAAUUACUUGUUUUUGGAUCGCUUUGAUACCUUAGAGCUCUUGGAAGAAGUGUCAACUUCUGUGCAGGAGAAUUCGACCAUAUUUUUAUUUCUGCAGGCCGUUGCCUUGGCACGACGCGCAGCCUUCAUUCGCGACGCUGGGCAUCUCAACGAAAAGGAUCGGUAUGCCUCCAUGGCUUUUGUUCGCACAUCCAAACGCCUGAUGCCACACAAUUAUAUUCCGUCAUCGAUCAAGUGGGACACCGGUAGGAUUCUGAUCCCGGUGAUUCUUAAAAAUAGCACCAAUAUUCUUGCCGGACUCUUUUCGCUCAUUCACACACCGUAUUUUUUUGCCUCGCUCCUGCUGCUUUAUCCAUAUGUGGAAUACUCUAAGCCCGUGAUAACUGAUAAAGGACGCGUUGUAUAUUUUGGUGUCUCAUGUAACCGUCAGAUGAAACGUUUCAUGGUUUCUAUUGAAGAGGCUGCACAAAUUCUUGAUUUUCGGGAGAAAAUAAAUCUGGCGCUGAGUUGUAUGCAAGCACUUCGGACUCUUUCCCAUCCCAUCUCGAAAACAAAGUUUCUUCUUAUCCUGAAGAAGCACGAUCGUCUCUUUGAUGUUGAGCGACUCCAUAAAAAUAUUCGCAGUCAGCUUCUUGAAAUUGUGACCGAGUUAAACGUGACGGAACAUCAAGGAAGCUUUGAGACUUUUGCCACGCACUGCACAGCCCCAAAGGAAUUGCUGCCCAUGACUGACACACCUGCAAUGGAUGUAUCGGUGCUUCGUCGGUUUGUGGACGGCACACUGUGGGAUAGUUUGCCUACUCCAGGCUCUGUCGUGAAGCCCCGUGCCGCUUCCUUCGCCGGAACCCCGUCGACGUUGCCUUCUGCCCCGUUGAUCUCCACAAAUGACGAAGAUGACGAUGAAGAAGUGGAAAUUAUUCAGGAUUCGUACUUUAUGCGCCACGGUCCACUCAUUGAAGACGAUGAUGAUGAUUAA